UCGCUCAAGGACCCGCUGUUCUUUCAUCUCAGUGUCUGCCUGGCACCUGACGACUUACUAGACAGGAUGACAUGGCGUCCUCAGUACCGCAGCUCCAAGUUUCGCCACGUGUUUGGUAAGGCCGCCACCAAGGAGAACUGCUAUGAUGGCGUGCCGAUCACACGCAGCGUACAGGACAACCACUUCUGUGCAGUCAACCCACGCUUCUUGGCAGUCAUUACCGAGUGUGCCGGUGGAGGCUCUUUCCUGGUCCUGUCUCUCCAUCACACGGGGAAGGUCGACCCUCACCAUCCCAGAAUAUCAGGCCACAGAGGCAAUGUGUUGGACAUCAAAUGGAACCCAUUCAAUGAUUACUGCAUUGCCUCCUGCUCUGAAGACACAACAGUAAAGGUGUGGGAGAUCCCUCCUCAUGGUGUGCUGAAGAACCUCACUGUACCAUGGAAGGAGCUGCAGGGUCACAGUCGCAGGGUGGGCCUCAUUGAGUGGCACCCCACGGCUAACAAUGUGCUCUUCAGCUCCGCCUACGACUACAAGGUGAUGAUCUGGAACCUGGACUGUCCAGAGCAGGUGAUAAAGAACCCAGUACGGACCAUCAGUCAACACACUGAUGUUGUCUUGUCCAUGUCCUUCAACACGGAUGGCAGCCUCUUGGCUACUACAUGCAAAGACAGGAAGAUCAGACUCAUAGAGCCACGCACAGGCAAUUUAUUGCGGGAUGCCAACUGUAAGACACAUAAAGCCAGCAAGGUGCUGAUCCUUGGCAACAUGAAGAGGCUUUUAACAACAGGUUCUUCACGCUGGAAUGUACGACAGAUAGCACUGUGGGAUCAGGAUGAUCUCUCUGUGCCUUUGUUACAAGAAGACUUGGAUGGUUCAUCAGGGGUCCUCUUUCCUUUCUACGACCCUGAUACACACAUGCUAUAUAUUGUCGGGAAGGGCGAUGGAAAUAUCAGGUACUAUGAGAUCAGCUCAGAGAAGCCGCACAUACACUACCUGACAGAGUACCGCUCGCUCCUACCUCAGAAAGGAAUGGGUGUCAUGCCAAAGAGAGGCUUGGAUGUGAGCUCCUGUGAGGUUUUCAGGUUUUACAAGCUGGUGACAAUCAAGAGUCUCAUUGAGCCUAUAUCUCUGAUCGUACCUCGCAGGUCAGAGUCAUACCAAGAAGACAUCUAUCCCAAGACGGCAGGUAACCAUCCUGCGCUGACCGCAGAGGAGUGGUUCAGUGGUAUUAACAAAGACCCAGUGCUAAUCUCUCUGAAGCCCGGAAGUCAAGUUGAGAUGUACCCUGAGCUGAGCAUGAGCAAAGGACUGGGCAACUCGCUGGACAUGCGUCGAUCCCAUAGCAGGCCGGGCCUGCUCCAGCUGACAUACAUUCAGGAUCAGCUGGCCACUAAAGAUGACAAAGCAGACAGCGAUCCUUUUGCCGGAACAGAGGAGAGGAGACGGUCGUCGAUCAUCAGCGGUCACGACCUUGAUCUUUGCUCUCCCCCCAAGACAGAGAACGAGCUGCGCUUAAAGUUCCACAGGCAGCAGGAGGAGAUCCGCCGGCUGAGGGAGCUCCUCAACCAGCGUGAUGUUCAUAUCACACAGCUCGAACUGGAGAUUAAGAACAUCAAAAAUUCCCAUACUCACGGCUCUCUCUGAGACAGAACCCUUUUUUAUUUGUUUUGUUUUUGUUUUGUACACACACAGCACACAACAUUCCCGGUUCAUGUACUUAUACUCAAAACAAGGACUGCUGUUAUUCUCCCACAAUGUAACAAAUUUCUAAGUCUUACCGACCUGUCCGCUCCUGCCGCCGUCGCCUGUUUGUAUGCCUCACAGCUAUGCAAGUUUGUCUACUUUUUUUUGCUCCUUUUUUUUUCUUUUUUAAAAAAAAAUGCUCUUUUAGUUAAUGAGGAAAAUGGAUGUAUUUGCCUGUCUUAAAUGAAUGAUGUUAUUGUCUGCUUGUGGUUUGAAAGAGGUCACGGGGUGGGAGCUGACAUUCUGUGUGAUUGUAUGAUAACACUGAAUUUCUUUACUUUUCCAAUUUUUUUUUUUUUUUUUUUUUGCAUAUUCAAGCUACUGUGUGUGAAGACAGACGUCUAUAGUUGUAAUGUCUGGAAGGUCAGAUGCUAGAUCUGUGUGCAUGGAAAAAGGUUGUGACCCUGGAUAUGAAUGACUGUAUCGUGCUCCAAAGGUUUUCACCUCCCACAAAGCUGCACAUGUAUUUCAAUUACUGGAAGAAGAAAAAAAAACUUAUCAAAGAUCAAACUAUUUUCAGGGCGGUUGAUUUUCAGUUCUGUUUUUGUGAGGUCUCUGUAUUUGAUGCAGAGGAGACAGCAGGGAUGUAUUGGAUAUUUUCUAUUUAUUCUGCUUUAAAAGCUGGGGAAACACAACUUAGAAGCGACACUUAACAAAUUUGACAUUCAAAUCGGACGGAUAAUGAAAGAGAAGCACGCCACCAGUCACAAAAAUGGCAAAUGGGUUUCUUCCUGAAGAUGUCAACCACUGUGAUGAGAAAAAAUGAAAGCCAUCAUGUGUAUAUAGUAGCUAUACACACUACAUGCAGGGAACUCAGUGAUUGUUAGUUUAUCCGUUUACGAAGUCCUUGCUUAAGUUAUGGUCUCUCAGAAUAACCACAAAGGUUUUAAAAAGCCACAAAGUAAGUAAAGGUGCUCUGUACAGGUGCACAAAGAGAAUCCUAUAAGAAUAAAACAGGAUUAUGCUCUCGUGGACACUUACGGAUGCUCUUAAUAAUUUCUACCUUGGUUUAAGUGGAUGCAUUUCUCACAUAUGGUGCUUUAAAUAUUGGGUCUACCUAUUUUGACCUGAAACAACACUGCUUUCAAAUAUGAUGCGAGAUCUCACGUUAUGUACUCUCUCAAUAGGCCUCACUCAUCAAUUGUUCGUAUGUACAAAUUUGUUCUAACACACCCAUGGUAUGUUUUAUCCCUGAAGUUUGUCUCAGAGACCAGUGUAGAACCUGGGUAACCCCUGAAUUUAAGCACCAGUUGGUUAACACUGAUGUCUUUGCAAGCCUGGGUGAUUGCUCAUUGCAACAGGUAGAUGGUAGAUGUUAGGGGGAAGGAAUUAAAAAUUACCAUCAGGCUUUGCUGCUGACUGUUAGACAAUCUUGAGAGCUAAAAAAAAAUUCCAUGGGGGUGCAAAGAACAAAUCUGUAUGUACGAACAAUUGGUAAAGCUUGUACCACAUGAUGCAAAAGACCCCAUCAUAAUGCAAGCAAAUCCACAUUGUACUGGUUAUGAUUUGCUAUUCACACCUCCCCCUCAAAUGAACAAACCAACAUAUAGACAGACUCACAUGCAUACAUACAUACAUGCAUGGCUGUAUGGAAUUGUUUUGUCUGACACUGGCAACCGCUGCUCGGACAAAUCUAGCGCAGUAGCUGGCUAUACUCAUUGACUUUGGUCCAAGAGCACACCAGGCCAAACCCGAACCGCUGCCCUUUAUAGACAUGUUGCAACGCAUUCCCCUUUUGCAUUGUUUGUGCUGCUAAAGCUGGCUAGCUGACUUUUUCGAGAGCUGAUUUGGCCAAUUGUUUAUGCAAUAUUUACUGGCUGCACUGUGUGCAACAGUGUUGUAUUCCCAUUGUCCUUCAUUUUCAACUGAGCUAUUGCAACGGGCUUCUAUAUCAUCAACUAAAUGGCUAGUAAGUGCCAAUGACAAAGCCUCUUGACCCCAUUAUUUCAGUAAUAUCUUGUUUACAUUGGACAGUAGAUGCCAGACCAACCUCAUGAGUCGUUGCUCAAUGUCAUUCACACCCCUGGCUAUAGACUGUUGAAUGUGGCCAUCCCAAAAUGUAGCCGGUUUAA